AUGAGCGAGCUCCUUAUAAGAUCAAAAAGUGGUGUUAAAUUAUAUGAGUUUAAGAAAUUAGAAAAUGUGUAUGAAUGUAACAUUAUAUUUGAAUAUGAUGGAUGUAUACAUGAUGCAAUAUGGUCAUAUGACGGAGAAUCUUUUUUACUUUUACAUGCUAUAGAAGGGUUAUUAUUAAUUAGUAAUUAUGAAGAGCAAAAAAAAAAAAAAAUUGAAAAGAUUGCUUGUAAAAAUAAAUAUAAAGAAUUAUUUGAUAAUGAGAAUAUAAAAUUAAUUAAACAUGUUCAGUGGUCACCAAAUAAUAGAUUUAUAGUUUUUUUCUUUCCAUAUGAAGAAGAGAAACAUAAUAAAUUAGGUAAUUUGUUAGUAUGGAAUGUAAAAGAUAAGAAUAUUUUAUGUUCAUUUAAAAUAAAAAAAAAAAGUUGUAGUAAUUGGCCUGUAAUUAAUUUUACACAUGAUGAUAAUUAUUUCUUAUUACAAAAAAAAACAGAUAUUUAUAUAUAUGAUACAUUAAAAUUAAUAGAAAAUGAUGAUAAUACAAUAUAUCUAAAUAAUAAUGAUAUACCUUUGAAUUAUAUAUAUACAUGGAAUCAGCCAAAUGUUCUAGCUAUAUAUAUGUCAUCAUAUAUGAGUGAAGAUAAAUCUCGAUUUUUUAUAGUGCAUACAAAAAAUAAUUUUUUGGGAGAUGUAUAUAUAUUUAAAAUUAAAGGAUUGAAUAAUAAUGAAAUUGUAAAUUAUAAUAUCACAGGGGAUACACAAAAGGGGGAUGACAUAAAAUUAAGUGACAUCAAAAUAAAUGACAUCAAAAUAAAUGACAUCAAAUUAAAUGACAUAAAAUUAAAUGACAUAAAAUUAAAUGACAUAAAAUCAAGUGACAUCAAAAUAAAUGACAUCAAAUCAAGUGACAUAAAACCAUGUGACAUCAAACCAUGUGACAUCAAACCAUGUGACAUAAAACCAUGUGACAACAAAAUAAAUAUUAAUGUAAAUAUUAAAUCACCAAUAAAUAACAUAUCAGAUGUAAAAGAUAUAUCGUGUGUUGAAAAAAUAAAAAUUGAAUUACUCAUUAGAAAAAGUUUUGACAAUUUAGAUGCUCUUACUUGUUUCUGGUCGAUCAGCGGUAAAUAUUUAAUAUUCUUAGUAAAUACAAAUGAUACUACAAAUAAAUCUUAUGGUUAUUUAAGUAACUGUUAUUUUUGUUCAUUGGUAUCAAAAAAUAUUCAAAUAAAAAAAAUAAACGAACAGGUUGCUCAAGAUGUGAAAUGGAGUAAUAUAAAAGAUGAAUUUUUAAUUAUAGAAGGUAAGUCAGAUAAUAUUAUUUUUUUAUAUGAUCAUGAUUUAAAUAUAAAAUGUAAAAUAUAUUCUCAAUAUAAAAAUACAAUAAAAUGGGGACCAUUUGGAAAUAUGAUUGCUUUAGGAGGAUUCGGAAAUUUGGCUGGAGAUAUUAAUUUUUAUUAUAAAGAAAAAGAUUAUAGUGUAUCUAUAAUUAAAAAAUAUAGAGAAGCAUGUACUGUUCUUUGUGAUUGGUCAUAUGAUGGAACAUUGUUUAUGACUGCAUCUACAUAUCCAAGAAUGAAAGUAGAAAAUAUUUUCAAAAUAUAUACUUAUGAAGGAACCUUAGUAAGUAGUUUUAAUUUCAAUGAAUUAUAUGAUGUCAAAUGGAAGAAUGUGUUACCAGGUUUUUACAAACAACCAGCUAAACCUCAGCCCAAUCUUAUAGAUAAUUGUAAUAAAAAGAGUGUUUACAAAAUAAAGAAUCUCGAUCAUCUUUUGAAUAUAAAUAAUAAUAAUAUGGUAAAUAGUAAUAAUAUGGUAAAUAGUAAUAAUAUGGUAAAUAGUAAUAAUAUGAUAAAUAAUAAUAAUAUGAUGGUAAAUAAUAAUAUGAUAAAUAAUAAUAAUAUGAUGGUAAAUAAUAAUAUUCUAAAUAACAAUAUUCUUAAUAACAAUAUUGGAAUGUCCUUUUUAAACGUGAACAAUAAAAUGAUCAACAAUAAUAAUAAUACAAAUCACAUAAAUAAUAAUAACACACCUGCAAAUCUUACUAGUUAUUCUUUCGAUGUAUAUGAUGAAAAUAAUAUAAAUAUAAAUGAGGUACAUGAAAAGGAUAGGAUAAAAGUAAACAAGGUUAUGACACUAACAACCAACACAUCAGUAUCUAAUGUGACAGCUAGUUUAAUAAAUGGGAAUAAGAAAAAAAAAUCGGAGAAAGCAAAAAAUGCAUAUGAUUGGGAUGUUGACUGGAGAAAGAAGAAAAACAUGAGCCUCAUGAAUAAUGUGAUGAAUAUGAAUGUGAUGAAUAUGAAUGUAAAUAAUGUGAAUAAUAUGAAUAAUAUGAAUAAUAUGAAUAAUAAUAAUAAUACCAUGAACUUAAAUAAUAUUGAUAUGAAUCAACGAGUUGAUUAUAUACCCAUUGAACAAACAACUCAAGAUGAUAAAAAUGUGACACUUAAAAACGAUAAAUGCUUGAUCAACAACCUAAACAAUAGUAAUAAAAAUAUAAACGUUAUGAUAGACAACAUUAAAAGUACAGACAAUUCUGAGAACGCAGUAUUGAUCUUACAAAAUAAUUUAAACAACUGUAAUGAAAAAGUUAAUGUGAAUGAUAAUAUGAAUAAGGACGAAAAUGUUGUUGAAGAAAAGAAGAAACAAAAAAAAAAAAAAAAAGAAAAGGAAAAAAAAGAUGAUAAAGAAAAGGGGAAAGAAAUGAACAAUGAGCAACAUAAAAUAUCUGAUCAUUCCAUUCAAAUAAACAACAACAACAACAACAACAACAAUAAUAAUAAUAAUAAUAAUAAUAGUAGUGGUAGUGUGAAUGAUAUCAAUAUUAAUGAUCAUGAUAAAUUAUUUAACAACAUCAAACAUAUAAAAGAAAAAAAUAAGUUACAAGACAUGGGACAUGUAAAAACAAUCUCUUUAGACGAAUUAAAUAAAAAUAAAGGAAAAGAUAAUCAAACAAAUGAUAUAAAAAAGGAUAUAAAAGAUAAAGAAAAAAAUACAAUAAAUAUUAAUAUCAAUUCAAAUGAAGAUAAGGAUAAAAAUGUAGAAGUGGUUGAUGGUAAUAUGAAUGAAGAAAAAGAUCAAGAUAAAAAGAAAAAAAAAGAAAAUAAAAAUAAAAAAUUAAAAAAGAAAAAGAAUGAGAAUAAUAAUGUGGAUGGUAUAUAUAAUGAUAAUACAAAUAAUGAUAAAACAAAUAAUGAUAAUACAAAUAAUGAUAAAAUACAUAAUGAUAAAAUACAUAAUGAUAAAACAUGUAAUGAUAAUACCCAUAAUGAUAAUAAUAUCAUUAAAGUAGAUGAAAACAAUUCUUCUGCAGGUUCUAAUAGUUUUUCAAGUAUAUUAUUAAAAUUUAUGAAAUAUAAAAAUGAUAGCAAUAAUAAUACAAAGGUUAACGAUCCAUGUCAUAUGAAGAAAAAUAUGAAUGUAGAAAUAAAUAAGGACUUAGAUUAUAUGAAAGCACAAGCGAGUAUUCCUAAUCAAAUGAACAUCAUGAACAGCAUUAAUAAUAAUGUUACAGGUGUCGAUCAUAUGAAUAAUGAUAUAUCCACAUUAAACUAUUAUAAAAAGAAUAAUGAUGCUUCUAUUAGAAUAUCUAACCAGUUUAAUAAUGAGAAUAAAAAAAUAUAUCCUAAAAAAAACAUACCAUUACAUAAAGAUGAAUUCUUAAAAGAUAUAAAAAAUGUAAACUAUAAUAUGAGUGAUAUGAAUAUAGCAAUGGAUACGAUAAAUAAUAUGAAGAAUAAUAUGAUGUUGAAUCAUGUUAUAAAAAAUAAUGAUAUCAAAAAUAAGAUCAAUAAUAAUGUAAUAGGAGAUGAUAAUAAUAAUAAUAAUAAUAAUAAUAAUAUGUUUAAUUCAUUGCAAUCACAAAAUAUGAAUGAUAUGCAAAGCAUAAAUGAACUUAAUAAUCUCGUAUUAGAAAAUAUGUUGUUAAGAAACGAACUACCAACACAUCAAAAUAAAAGUAAAGAUAAUGAAAAUGUAAACAAUAUGAAUAAUAAUGUGAUGUCCAAUGAAAGCUUAAUAAAUAUUUUUAAAAAAAUUUUACCACAUGCAAAAGUUAAUAUUGAAGGAAAUAAUAAUAAUAGUAAUAAUAGUAGUAAUAAUAAUAAUAAUAAUAAUAGUAGUAAUAAUAAUAGUAAUAAUAAUAGUAAUAAUAAUAUUUAUAAUAGAAAUACGACGAAGAGUUUUGAUUCCUACAAUAUGUAUGACAAACAAAACAUCUCAGCUUUAAAAAGAGAAACACAUCAUGGUUUUAAAAGACAAGAUACAUUUAGUCUUCCUCAUAUUGAAUCUAAUAACCAAAAAAUUGAUAACAAUAAUAGAAAUGUGUUUAAUGAUUAUUCAAGAGAAAGUUUAAUAAAAGAAAUGAUAUUAAAAAAAUAUCUAACAAAUAAUAAAGAAAAUGGAAAUAUUCCUAAUUUUAGUUUAAAUAAAAUUGAUGAUAUACAAUCUAUACAGAAUAAAUUACAGAUUAAUAAUAACAAGUUUAAUUUAGAAUGGGUUAAUAAUAUAAAUAAUAAUAUGAACAAUAAUAUGAACAAUAAUAUGAAUAAUAAUAUGAACAAUAAUAUGAACAAUAAUAUGAACAAUAAUAUGAACAAUAAUGUGAACAAUAAUAUGAACAAUAAUAUGAACAAUAAUAUGAACAAUAAUAUGAACAAUAAUAUUAAUAUUGAUAAUAUGAAUUAUCAACAAUAUAAUAUGCCGCAAAAUUUAAAGAAUCAACUUGAUAAUUUAGAUUUUUUUGAAUUAUUAAAAUGUUAUCAUUCUUUAAAUAUACAACAAAUACAAAUAAAAUUAUAUUGGAUAUAUUAUAAAAUACAAAUGUCUGAACAAAAUAAUUUAUUAUCAUGUGAUAAUAAAGAUAAGAAAAUAUUAUAUAAGUUAAAAGAAAUUAGACAUAUAUUAGAAUAUACAAAUAAUUUAUUAAAGGAUCAUAUUAUAAAAAAUAAAGAUAAAUAUCAAUCCUUAUUACAACAAUUUAUAGUUAUAUUAAAACAUCAUGAUAAUCUAUAUCAACAAAAAAGAGAUAAACUUAUAAGAGAACAUUAUGAUAAACAGAAUGUAGUACUUUUUAUUUGUAAUAUAGAAAAAAUGAUAGAUAAAAAUAUUAAUCCUACAGAUAAUUUUGUAUCAUCAAAUUUAAAUUUUAUAACAUCCAAAAUGAGUAAUAAUAAAUUAGGAAAAACAAAUAGUCUUUUUUAUGAAAAUCUAAAUAUUAUGAAAAAUAAUGAUCCUCAUCCACGAGGAAACCAAAACAUGACAAAUGAAAAUAAUAUGGACCAUAGCAAAAUUAAUGAUAAUAAUAAAUAUAAUGAUAAUAAUAAAUAUAAUGAUAAUACAUAUAAUGAUAAUACAUAUAAUAAUAAUAAUAGUAACAUGAACGACUUAAAUCAAAAUCUUGAAUUUCAAAAAAAAUUUAUUAUUCAUAAAAUGAAUGAUUAUUUUAAAAAUAUUAAUGCUACAAAUGAACAGAAGAGAAUUUUCUUAAACAGAAUGAGUCUAACGGAGGAACAGAAAAUAUUUUUCUUAAAACAUCUUAAUAUAAAAGAUGAAGAAUCCAUAGAACCUAAUAAUAUGAAACAUGCCAGCGACAAUUGGAUCAAUAAUAAUAAAAUAAAAAAUUUAGAAGAAAAAGACAAAAAAACAAAAACAGGGGGGGAUACUUAUAUUGACUCUGCUUACUCUAGAUCAAGUUAUUUUUCUAUAAAUGAAUAUAAUAUUGAUAAGACUAAAGAGAAUAUAAAAAGGAGUAAUGACAAGUCGGAUUAUAAUGAAGAUGUUAUAGGAGUCUCUCCUUUAUUGAAGCUUAUAAAUAAAUCUCAAGGGCAAAGGGUCGAAAAUAAUAUGAACAAUAUGAAUAAUAUGAAUAAUAUAAACAAUAUGAAUAAUAUGAAUAAUAUAAACAAUAUGAAUAAUAUGAAUAGUAUAAAUAGUAUGAAUAACAUUAACUUUUAUAAUAAUCGUAGUGAUAAUAACCAAGGUGUAGAAACUGAAAAGUCAAAAUUAUUAUCCCAGAAAAAUGUACUACUUGAUAUUUUAAAAAAACAAAAACAAUUAAAGGAUGACAACAGUGUUGUUUCAAAUUUAAAUGAAGAAAAUUUUAUAAAAAAUAUGAAAAAUAUAAAAAAUAUAAAAAAUAUGAAAAAUAUAAAAAACGAAUUAAAUAAAGAUAUGAACACUUUUCAAUUUAAUAAUAUGCCAGAAAAUAUUUCAGAAAAAUUAAAAAAUAUAAUUCAUAUGAAUAAUAAAGAUGGAAAAGAAUUACAAAAAUAUCCAUCAGAUUUAAUAAAUUAUAUUUAUCAAAAUAAACAAAUGGAUGGUAUGAUACAUUCUUAUGUUAAUACUAAUGAUAUAAAUGAACAAGCAAAAAUGAACUUGAAUCAAACAAAAGAUAAAUUGAAGAAUAUAAAUAAUACAAAUAUACAUGCUAUAAAAAUAGAAGAACAAAAUAAUACACAUUUUCAUAUGUACUCACAACAACAAAGAAAUUUAUUAAAUAUAAUAAACACGAAUGAAGGAGAUAACAAUAUACUUAAUGUUAUUCAAAAUAAAAAUCAUAUAAAUAAUAAUACAUCCUUUUUGAAUACUACCAAUGAUGAAAGUAAUAAUAAUAAUAAUAAUACAAAUGUGAAUGAAUAUAUUCGUUUUAUGAAUAAUGAAAAUAUGUCAAAUUUGCAAAAAAAAAAUUUAAAUAAUAUCUAUCCAUCAAAUAAUAAUAAUAAUACUAAAAAUAAUACUAACAGUAAUGAUAAUAAUAAUAAUAAUAAUAAUAAUAAAACAUUAUUGGGUAUGAAAAAUCUUGUAGAGGAAAAAAAACAAACCCUUAUAGAUAAUGAUACAAAUAUAAUAUCAAACAAUUUUUCAACAAAUGAUCAUCAAAGUAAAGGUGAUAAUACUACUACUACUACUAAUAAAACAUUUUUUAUAAAUAAGAAAAAUCAAAAUGUAUUAUCUCAAUCCUUAAAUAAUAACCCCACCAAUGUUGUAAACAAACCUAUUUCAAAUAAAUAUAAAACAAACAAUAUAGUGAAUAAUAAAAGUUUGAAUAGUUCAUUAGAUAAAAAAAAUGCACAACAAAAUAAUAUGCUAGAAUUAGAAGAUCCAAAAAGACCAGAUGCUCUAAGGGAUAAAUGUUGGCAAUAUGUGGAUCCUAAGGGGGUAGUACAAGGACCUUUUUAUUUAGAUGAAAUGCGUGUUUGGAGUGAAAUGGGUUAUUUCGAACCCAUGUUACCUGUACGAUGUUGUGAUUCAGAUCGUUUUGUAGCUCUAAACAAACUCUUCCCACCUCCAUUAAAACCUUUUACUGUCGUUCCAAAACCUCAACCAGUAUUACAAUGGGAAGAAGAAUUGUUGUAA